CAUCGUUUCGACAACCCAUUCGUUCAAAUUCACACUCCGAUUCUGGCCGAUUCGCCAAUUCAGAAAUUAUCAACUGACCAUCUGCAUAGUGUUCGGAUUAAGAUAAAUGGAUUUUGUCAAAUUGUUGCUAACGAAUAUGUUGCAUUUGCAUUUAGCUAAAGAGGCAUUAUGUUGACGAUAAAUAGUCCUCUUUGGACGGAGGCUGACGCAUUAUGUGUGCCAGUGACAACCUAUCUCUGUGACACUUGAAUGUGAGCAGGUUUUGCGAAGUAACAAGAACUCAGAGUUUAUUAAGAGUCUCCUCUGCAUUUAUGAUGGCAGUAUUUUCCUUCGUUUUGGCUGGGUUAUUGGGAGCCCUUCAUUUGACAAAUGCAGACGAAGUCAUUCUCAUGGAACCGUUCGAUCCUUUGAAGAAUGAAUUUGGCGUUUGCUUUUUGCAACUGGGCACUCCUUCGGAAUCGUAAGGUAACAGGUACAUGGCGUGUAUGGAAGCGGAACACCCAUCUGAUUGAACAGACGUCUACCGUUCGUUGUAUUGAAGUCGAAAUCGAGCAUGAUGAGAACUCCGGAGAUAUCUUCAAGAUGCUUGUAAAGUGGAUUGACCCAAACAACGGUAACUUAAACAUAUCAUUCUAUGUCGUUGAUGAUCGGUCUCACCCCGCAAGGUUCUUCUUCAAAGCAGAUCAACAUAGGAUUGCCUUGUCAGUGCUGGGAACGGACUAUAAUAAUUGGGCUGUGGCAUACGGCAUGCUCGGUCUAAAAGAGUCAUACUUCGUGGCGGCGCGCAAACUUCCACUGGACGACGCAGCGUUAACCGAUGUAGAAUCAAUAAUCAGCAAGAAUCAAGUCUCGAAAGACUUUACGGUUGUUGACCAUUCAUCCUGUUAGAAGUGUGUAUCCCCAUUCAUGCAAUAUCUGUGGCAGUUAGUGUUUCUUCGAGUAUUAGUUAUCGCACAUUUAUCUAUUUAGCUAUAUAUACAGAUAUAGCUAUAUACAUCGAUACAGACCAUAAAUUCCAGCGCACAUUUUCUGACAAGUGAACGUAAACCUUUUUAAAUAAAGUAUUGUACCCUCAAGGUGUGCACUUAGACUACAUACUGAAACUGCUGGAUCACAGAAAUUCUAUAGUGAAACAAUAAAUAUGAAAUUAUAAUAGCUCUGUUUCGUAUUAGACUAAUCUGAUAUCUGAAGAAGUUUUGGAUCUUUCUUAUUUUCAUUGCUUUUUCUGUUGGCAUUAAAGGUGCAGGCAUUUCACAAAAAUAACAUUUAAAGAAGAAUAACACUAACAGUAGUUGUUUAGUGGCGGAAAACGUUUCCCCUUUCGAGAUUUUGGCGCUUUUCGAAUAUUGAUAGUUUCCUUUUACUUCAGGAGAAGCGUUACAGCAGAUUCAUAUUAUGACUCUAUCCAUAUACGAAAUUCUGCCUUCUAAUUAUCAAUUUAUAUCGAUGAGGUUAAACUAAGUAUGAAUUUGCUUUUGUACUAAGUCCUUUUAACUUACACGCGGGGUAAAAUCUCAACUGAAAAAUCAUUUCGAGCCUUUAAAAAAUUAUGUGAACACUAUAUCAACCGGUACAUACUGCGGUAUGCGACAAAUAGCAUAAUAAACUUUUACCUUUCUUAUUAUCACCAUCGGACUUUCUGAACAGCAAAUGUCAUGGUUCUGUUACUCAACGCAGACACUCAAGCGAAGAUGGGCUCUAUAUAAAUAUUUAUCUGUCAUACGGCUAAUUGCAAAAGCUAACGUAAUUUUGUGUUGGCAUGGUUUAGUAUCGACGAUCGCGUUAUGAUUGAACUAGUGAAUUGAAGGUGAAAAGAAUAUUAAUUCGAAAGUAAGAGCAAAGUACUGUUGUCCAUUCGUGAAUUAACUAGAGCCGGUAUUUU